UUCCCAAUUAAGGUUUUACAAAUAAUAAUAUAACAAUAAUAGGGGGUUGUCUCCACAGCCAAGAAGAACUAGCGUCCAUGGGUAUUGCUAUUACCUGUUUUGCUUUCAUUCUUUUGGUCCAACAUUGCAUCAUCAUCAAUGCGAAAUCGGUGCCCAAGUUCCCUGCCAUUCUCAUCUUUGGAGAUUCAACAGUUGAUACUGGAAAUAACAAUUACAUAUCUACAAUAUUUCAAGGUAAUCAUCGUCCUUAUGGGGAAAACUUUCCUGGGCGGAUUCCCACAGGAAGAUUUUCGGAUGGGAAACUGGUACCGGAUUUUUUGGCAUCUAUGUUAGGGAUCAAAGAAUACAUUCCUCCUUUCCUACAACCAGAUCUAUCAAACAAUGAUCUUCUAACUGGUGUCAGCUUUGCAUCUGCUGGCUCCGGAUAUGAUGACCUAACAACAACAGCAUCUAAAGUAAUCCCUAUGUCUGAUCAAAUAAAAUAUUUUGAGCAAUACAUACAGAACCUCCAACUUAUUAUUGGAGAAGAGAAAGCUCAGAAACUCGUUAGUCGUGCAUUGAUUGUUAUAAGUGCAGGGACUAACGACUUCAUAUUCAAUUUCUAUGAUAUCCCAACAAGAAGACAUCAAUAUAAUAUAACAGGAUAUCAAGAUUUUUUACAGAGUCUACUCCAAAACUUUGUUGAGGAUCUAUAUAAUCUUGGUUGUCGGAACAUGCUUGUUGCUGGGCUUCCUCCUGUUGGUUGUCUUCCAAUACAAAUAACUGCAAAGUCCCCAUUUAUGAGAAAGUGCAUUAAAGAGGAGAAUUUUGAUGCCCAAUCCUAUAAUGUCAAACUUGCAACAUUGCUAAAACAAAUACAGGACGCCCUUUUAGGAAGCAACAUCGUGUAUUCAGAUUCAUAUCAUCCCUUUAUGCAUAUGAUCAACCAUCCAAAAAAAUACGGAUUUCUGAAAACAAGACGUGGUUGUUGUGGCACUGGCACAUAUGAAGCAGGUCCAUUCUGUAACAAACAUCAUCCUGUCUGCAAAAAUGCUUCUCAAUACUUGUUUUGGGACAGUAUACAUCCUGGUGAAUCGGCCUACCAACAUCUUUCCCAUAUAGCAAUGAAGAAACUUCGGCAUCACAAAUUAUGGCAUUAAUAGACAUAUAUAAACUUAAAAUUUUAGCAUGACCUGGUGCUGAGAUCUGCUACUAGGAUAUUAUUAUUACUAAUAUCCAUAUGAAUGAAAUAACUUAAAGUGAAUGUUUAAGUAAGAAAAAUAAUAGCUUGUCUCUCCUAUGAUAUGA